CUACGUAAACACGCCCUCUACGCUCUCAGCGUAUGCAGCGCUAAUCGCAGACGUCGGUAGGAGGCCGAGUCGAGUCGUCUGUUGAGAGGCAUCAAGCCAAAACAAGGCUCGCGUUUUCAGUUCAUAGUUUACAAACCAUCUACAUAUUUUAAUGUAAUUUACCCCCCUGCGGCAGCAUAUCAGCAUGGCGAGCCAAAAGUGCUAGGAUCUAUCUGAGAUAAGGUGUGGGAGCGAGGCUGCUCCCAAAUUCCCUUCCCUCGCCCUCCUGGACGACCCCAAAAUGACCACAGGGGAGUGUUGCCACCUCCCGGGCUCCCUGUGUGACUGCACUGGCAACACUGCCCUGUCUAAAACUGUGGAGGAAGCUGAUAGCCGUCGGGCUCAGUACGUCACCCAGGUCACGGCUAAGGAUGGACGUUUACUGUCUACUGUCAUCAAAGCCCUUGGCACGCAGAGCGAUCGGCCGAUUUGUCGGAUCUGCCACGAGGGUCAGGACGUGUGCAACAGUGAGGGGCUUCUCUCCCCGUGUGACUGUACCGGAACGUUGGGAACGGUACACAAAAGCUGCCUGGAGAAGUGGCUUUCUUCUUCUAACACCAGCUACUGUGAGCUGUGCCACACUGAAUUUACCAUCGAGCGACGGCCGCGGCCGCUUACAGAGUGGCUCAGAGACCCGGGCCCUCGAAACGAAAAGCGCACCCUUUUCUGUGACAUGGUGUGCUUUCUGUUUAUAACGCCCCUAGCCGCCAUCUCGGGCUGGCUGUGUCUACGGGGUGCACAGGACCACCUGCACUUCAAUAGUCGCCUGGAGGCGGUCGGCCUCAUUGCCCUGACCAUCGCACUCUUCACCAUAUACGUCCUUUGGACUCUGGUCUCAUUCCGCUACCACUGUCAGUUGUACUCCGAGUGGAGACGAACCAAUCAGAAAGUCCGCUUGCUCAUUCCCGACACCAAGGGUGCACACUCUACCCAGCAUUCCUUGCUCUCCACCAAGCUGCUGAAAAAGACGGCAGACGAGACCAUAGUAUGAGAGACGUGGUGCCUGGGGCCCGAACGUGGUGGUAUUAGCGUGCAACAGGUUCUUGACGCGCUGUCGUCAACUAGAGCCGCGGCACCAUUGGAUGCAUUCUUUUCUAUUUAAUCCUUUAUAUCUAAAUAUGUGAGCACUUCGUUUUUAUUUCACCAGUCUCUUUUAUUGUCUUGUUUUUUUUUAGCCUUUACAAGUGUGUUGUUUAAAAGAAACCUUUAUUUAUUUGGGGCUUGAACAGCUACGCUGAGGCCCCGUACCAUUCAGUAUGCAUUGUAUUUUAAACAAUCAGAAAUCUAACUUAUGUGUACAGACAAUUCCUUUGAGCACAGCAGUGAGGGAUUUCGACUCGAGUACAUACAGCUGCUGAAGCUUUAAACCAAACCUUUCUUUCGUUUUUCUACUCUACCUUCAAGUACUUUCCAUCUUCACCCGACAGAGAAUCGGUCCGAACCGAUUCCUGGCGAACUUGCCAAUGUGGCUCCUGUAUGACUUAAAUAUAUGGAGAAAUAUAUAUAUAUACACUAUACAGUAUGUAAAACAAGAAAGCUAUAAGCUCUGUCAAUAGUAUUACAGGGCCCCUAAGAGGCCCUUCGCAUUUUUAGGGGGCCCGGGAAAGAAAUAUGGACGAUAUGGCGAUCCGGGCGGUCAAGCUUGCCCUCUUAAACGAGAAAGACAGACAUACGAGCGCAUUACAAGUGCAGGUUUCAACGCAUGCCAGAUUCCAUGUAAAAAGUCUCAUUAAAUCGGCGACUGUUCAGCGUGAAGUUCAUUCGAAAUUUGCUGAGGUUGCUUUUCCAAAACGAAUGAUCUUGUAGAACAUGCAGCAUGUGGUGGUCCUAAAGUGGUAGCACUUUCUGACAACGUAGCCUAGAUGUGAGCUGAUCAAAUGUAGAUACAUGUACGCUUUUGGGAUCCAACAAACUUGUGUCGUGUUGAGUCGUAAGACCCCGUAUUGUAUCGGAUCACAUUCAAGCGGCUAUAAAAUGAUGUUUUGGUGAGUGUUUGAAGAUGGACGUCUGUAUGUGUUUACAGUAUGCAUUUUUACAUUAUGCCGUUUCGGCUGUAUCAAACGGCAGACACUGAAAAUGGCACACUUGGGAUUUUGUAGCAAUUUGGCCUGUGGAGGACGCAGGCCAGAAGGUCAAGAGAAGGUCGGGAUGCUAAACUUAAUCGCUAGUAAUGAACUUCCUUAUCCAUACACUACAGUAUCAAGUAUCUUUUAGCUGUGCAUCCGAGAAGAAUGCAAAACAUUAGCAACCAUAGCUUUUCGUUUCUCCUGUUGAAGUACCAUUUGAAAGUAUAUCUAGAUUGAUUCUUUGGGAUAUGCAGUAGCGUAAUAAUUGCACAUUCGCCACUGUAAAAGGGAUAGUUCACCCAAAAAUGAAAAUUCUGUUAUCGUUUACUCAUUCUUAUGUUGUUACAAACCUGUAUUAAUUUCUUUGUUCUGAUGAACACAACAGAAGAUAUUUUGAGAAAUGUUUGUAAUCGAUCAGAGGCCCCAUUGACUUCUAUAGUAUUCUUUUUGUUUUACUAUCUCAACUAUGGGGCUUCUAGGGAGGCAUCCUACACAAGAGGGGAUGUAUGGCAAAAAAUCGAGAACCACUGCCUUAGAAGAUAGCUUUUUUUGGUCUUGGCAGCAAUUUGUUAAUAUGAACUGUUGUUGAAUAAAAAAGAGCUGCCUUACUGUGGGUUUACACCAAACACGAAGCGUGCAAUCGCAUCGCGUUGCUCGCUCUAGAUUACUCGCGGGAUUUAACUUCGUGUCAUGCAAAUUUUUUGCUUGAAUUUAAUAUUUUCAUAUUGGGCGAAGGCGCGUUUGUGGCGAAUAGCGCGUGUUUUGACGGCAAAUGUGCCGCUCAUAUUGCGUCAUUCGCAUCACCCCGUGCGAGGAUGCAUCUGAUUGCGUCUUUGCAUUGACUUUGUAUGUAAUCUACUCGCGCAAAUCGUUGAACUCGCAUCUGGUGUACACCAAACGCGAAGCGUGCAAUCGCAUCGCGUUGCUCGCUCUAGAUUACUCACGGGAUUUAACUUCGUAUCAUGCGAAUUUUUCGCUAGAGUUGAAUAUUUUCAACUUGGGCAAAGACGCGUUUGAAGCGAAUAGCGCGUAUUUUCAUGGCAAACGCGCCGGCCAUAUCACGUCAUUCGCAUCGCCCCGUGCGAGGAUGCAUCUGAUUGCGUCUUUGCAUUGACUUUGUAUGUAAUCUACUCGCGCAAAUCGUUGAACUCGCAUCUGGUGUAAACCCACAGUUACUGUGGGUUUACACCAAAUGCGAAGCGUGCAAUCGCAUCGCGUUGCUCGUUCUAGAUUACUCACGGGAUUUAACUUUGUGUCAUGCGAAUUUUUCACUAGAGUUGAAUAUUUUCAACUUGGGCAAACGCGUUUGAGGCGAAUAGCGCGUAUUUUCAUGGCAAACGCGCCGGCCAUAUCACGUCAUUCGCAUCGCCCCGCGCGAGGACGCAUCUGAUUGCGUCUUUGCAUUGACUUUGUAUGUAAUCUACUCGCGCAAAUCGUUGAACUCGCAUCUGGUGUACACCAAACGCGAAGCGUGCAAUCGCAUCGCGUUGCUCGCUCUAGAUUACUCACGGGAUUUAACUUCGUGUCAUGCGAAUUUUUCACUAGAGUUGAAUAUUUUCAACUUGGGCAAACGCGUUUGAGGCGAAUAGCGCGUAUUUUCAUGGCAAACGUGCCGGCCAUAUCACGUCAUUCGCAUCGCCCCGCGCGAGGAUGCGUCUGAUCACGUCUUUGCAUUGACUUUGUAUGUAAUCUACUCGCGCAAAUCGUUGAACUCGCAUCUGGUGUAAACCCACAGUUACUGUGGGUUUACACCAAAUGCGAAGCGUGCAAUCGCAUCGCGUUGCUCGCUCUAGAUUACUUGCGGGAUUUAACUUCGUGUCAUGCAAAUUUUUCGCUCGAGUUGAAUAUUUUCAACUUGGGCGAAGACGCGUUUGAGGCGAAUAGCGCGUGUUUUCACGGCAAACGCGCCGCCCAUAUUGCGUCAUUCGCAUCGCCCCACGGGAGGACGCCUCUGAUCGCGUCUUUGCAUUGACUUUGUAUGUAAUCUACUCGCGCAAAUCGUUGAACUCGCAUCUGGUGUACACCAAACGCGAAGCGUGCAAUCGCAUCGCGUUGCUCGCUCUAGAUUACUCACGGGAUUUAACUUCGUAUCAUGCGAAUUUUUCGCUAGAGUUGAAUAUUUUCAACUUGGGCAAACCCGUUUGAGGCGAAUAGCGCGUAUUUUCAUGGCAAACGUGCCGGCCAUAUCACGUCAUUCGCAUCGCCCUGCGCGAUGAUGCGUCUGAUCGCGUCUGAUCACGUCUUUGCAUUGACUUUGUAUGUAAUCUACUCGCGCAAAUCGUUGAACUCGCAUCUGCUGUAAACCCACAGUACUGCAGUUAACUGUGGGAUUUAACUUCGUGUCAUGCGAAUUUUUCGCUCAAGUUGAAUAUUUUCAACUUGGGCGAAGACGUGUUUGAGACGAAUAGCGCGUGUUUUCAUCGAGGAUGCGUCUGAUCGUGUCUUUGCAUUGACUUUGUAUGUAAUCUACUCGCGCAAAUCGUUGAACUCGCAUCUGGUGUAAACCCACACUGCCUUAAAGGGACAGUUCACCCAAAAAUUGCAAUUCUGUCAUCAUUUACUCAUGUGGUUACAAACCUGUAUAAAUUUCUUUGUUCUGCUGAAUACAAAGGAAUAUAUUUUGAGCAAUGUUUGUAACAAAACCAUUUUUGAGCACCAUUAGUAUUUUUUCCUACUAUGGAAGCUAAUGGUGCUUCUGUUUGCUGCUUUAUUACAAAUAUCUUCUUUUGUGUUCAGCGAAAAUUUAUACAGGUUUGUAACAUCAUAAAAUGGGUGAGUAAAUGACAGAAUUGUAAUUUUUGGGUGAACUAUCGAUGGAUUUUAAUUUUGCUUUCCACAAAACGAUAUGCAAGUUUGAAAUUACAUCAGUGAGUAAAUAAUAAAAAAUAAAAAUAAUAGUGUUGGGUGAACUGUUCCUUUCAUAAAAUGAGCAACCUCCGAUAUGAAGGUCAAGAUUAACUCUUUAAUUGUAAAUUUGAGGAUCAAAUGUAAAUUUGUAGAUACACUGACUAAAUGUCUCUGUUCUUAAAAGUGUUGUGCAUUCUAGAUCCAGGAUUUUGUGUGUGUGUGUGUGUGUGUGUGUGUGUGGAGCAAACAAGCCCAUGAAUGUCUUGAGUUAUUUGCUGAUCGCUUUUUUCAGGGACGCAUUCGAUAGGCCUGCGCUUUGAUGCUUGUAGUCCAUGAGCACCGCUAACCAAUGAGUUUUAUACAGAAAGGUGCUUCUGUAGGUGGAAUUCAAGCGUGCAAAAGUUUUCCCCGAAUUCAUUCACCACUCAAAAUGUCACCUUGCAUUCAAAUUGUAAAAGAAAGUAAUGCUUUUCCUCUUUAAGACGACAUUAUUUUGUAUGAAGAAAAAGUUGUGCAAUACAUAAAACACAAUAGCAUUAAUUAUUGUGACUUUAUUUUAAUAUUUGGUUUUGAGGUAAAAACUUAAUCAUUGUCUAUCCCAUUGCUCAGUGUAUUUGAAAGUUGAUCUUUUGUGCUGAACCAACAUCUCAAGUCUUAUUUGCGGUCUCAGAAUACCAACAAAAGGCAAUUUUGCUGGCUCACUGCUACCUUGAGGAAUGCUCUCUCUCAUUGUUGUGCUUCCACCUGCUUUUUUUCACGUUUUGGGUCAUUUACUGGUUAUUUUGCAAUGUAGGGUAAUACAUUGAGAGUGCAAUUUUAAAAAUAUUACAAUGCAAUUCUUACCUAUAACCUUAACAAUACAUGUAUGAUAUUAACAUAGAUAUAGAUGUUGUUGCAUAUGAAGAACUUUAGGAGGGGAUGGACAUUGUUGAGCUCCGUUUUAUUUAAUUAAUAAUUCAGUUUUUAUGCCAACUUGCAGUGGAUAUGGAUGAGCUGGCUUUAAUAUGCAACCCUGCCAGAGCAGCUCAGCAGUUUAAAUGAUGUUAAUGGAAGUAAACCCUGUUCAUCAAAUGCAUGCUUUCUAUUUUUUAUUUAAACAAAUGACACUCACAAAUUUAUGAUGGAAAUACCAUUCUGAAUUUUUGAGAGGAUUUAAACUUUUGUUGCAGUUUAAAAGGAGAUGUUUUUUUAAUAUCAAAACCGUCUCUUUGUCAGGUUAAAAGGUUAAUUGUAAAUGUACGCAUAGUUUGUUGUUCCGUUUAAAUAUCUCUAAUUUUACCGGUGUGUUUUAAUGUAUUCAUACUCUAUGUAUAAUUUUGUUAUUCUUGUUUCAUUUAUUCAUCAUGCACAACUCAAAACAUUUGACUGAUUUGAGAUACUACAAUGUUUAUUAUGUUGUGCAGUGGCUAACGAAUGGUGUUUGUAAUGUCCUCACCAAAAUAUGUUGGUGCUUGAAAUCGGCCAAGAAAAGUGUGCAUAUUAAAAACAAUGCUCUGGAUCUGUGAAA